AAUCAAGGAAUUAGUUGCCAAGCAACAAAAUUUCAAUCAUGUGCGCACAAAUUUAAAAGUUCAUUGAGCAUUCAACACUUAUAAUCCCUUUUAAGGCCUUUUUUCAGUCAUUUUAUCAAACACCUGCUACCAAUUUGUCGUAUAACUUACCACGAUGUGGGGUUGGGUGAACACUCUUCUUUGGCGCUGUUGCUAAUACUGUAUUUCCUGGAAAGAUAAAAGCAGUAGUUGUGACAAAAGCAAGGCAGAGACUACGGGAAUCGCCGAGGUCUAUCCUCUUAUCCGCACCUAAAGCUGAACCAGCGGAACCCAUGUGAAACUUACAGACGCAUAGUCCCCGUAACAGAGACUGCGCUGGCGAGCACUUCAACAUGGCCGGCGUGCUAGGAACUUCUUCUACAGCAAUCUUGGCUUCUCGAACCCUCUCUUCUCCCUCUCCCAAGUGUUUUAUCUCCUCCCUAUGUUCAACUCCAGGGCAGAGUAAUGGAAGGACGUUGUAUGGUGGGAUUGGAUUUCCAGUUAAGAAGGGCAGGCCUCAGUUUCAUAUUUCAGUCGCCAAUGUUGCCACCGAAAUUAGCUCUGCCGAAGAACAGGCCCAAAUGCUUGCCUCAAAGGAAAGCCAGAGACCGGUGUACCCAUUCUCUGCUAUAGUAGGUCAAGAUGAGAUGAAACUAUGUCUUCUGCUGAAUGUUAUUGAUCCCAAGAUAGGAGGAGUCAUGAUUAUGGGUGAUAGAGGAACAGGGAAAUCCACAACUGUUAGGUCUUUGGUUGAUCUACUUCCUGAAAUCAAUGUGGUAGCGAGUGACCCAUAUAACUCUGAUCCAGAAGAUCCAGAAUCGAUGGGAAUAGAGGUUAGAGAGAGCAUUCUGAAAGGCGAGAAGCUCUCUGUUGUCAUGACCAAAAUCAACAUGGUUGAUUUGCCUCUAGGUGCGACAGAGGACAGAGUCUGUGGGACAAUCGACAUCGAGAAGGCACUGACUGAGGGUGUCAAGGCAUUUGAGCCUGGGCUUCUUGCCAAAGCCAAUAGGGGGAUUCUUUAUGUGGAUGAAGUAAAUCUCCUGGAUGACCAUUUGGUGGAUGUUCUUUUGGAUUCUGCUGCCUCAGGAUGGAACACUGUUGAAAGAGAGGGAAUUUCAAUCUCACAUCCUGCACGAUUUAUUCUGAUUGGUUCGGGCAAUCCUGAAGAAGGGGAGCUCCGGCCACAGCUCCUUGACCGAUUUGGCAUGCACGCACAAGUUGGAACCGUGAAGGAUGCCGAGCUCAGAGUGAAAAUCGUGGAGGAGAGAGCUCGGUUUGAUAAAAAUCCCAAGAAAUUCCGGGUUUCUUACAAGGCUGAGCAAGAGAAGCUCCAGCAACAAAUUGCCUCAGCUAGGAGUUCUCUUUCUUCUGUUCAGAUUGAUCAUGAUCUCCUGGUGAAAAUCUCCAAAGUGUGUGCAGAGCUGAAUGUGGAUGGAUUGAGAGGUGAUAUAGUGACGAGUAGAGCAGCCAAAGCUCUGGCUGCUCUGAGAGGAAGAGAUAAGGUAACAGCUGAGGACAUUGCUACUGUUAUCCCCAACUGCUUAAGGCAUCGUCUUCGGAAGGAUCCUUUGGAGUCAAUUGACUCAGGUUUACUUGUCAUUGAGAAAUUUUAUGAGGUGUUUAGCUGAAAAAGAUGAAUAUAUGACGCUUCUGUCAUUUUGGUUGGACAUAUUGUUUGGCAUAAAUUUUUGUUGGUAUUUUCAAUUUUCCAUAUAUAAGUGAUCUGAAGCUCGAGCUGGGCAUAAGAUAGAACUGUUGUCUAUUAUCCUGAGGAAGGUGUUAGUUCAGUUGAAAUUACUGUCCGGAUACAUGUUCUUUUAUGAUAUUUUUUUUCCUAUUCGUGGAUAAAUGCAAUAGUUAGAUUUGCAGUUUCUCUCA